UACAGGCUACAUGGGACUUCGUAUUUCUGUUGUAAUGUUUAAAACCAGAGAGAACUGUUUUCAACGAAGGGCAAAGGGAGAAAGACAGAUUUCUUAAGUGUACAGCAAUGGAAAGUGGGAAUGGUGGUGCCUCGAGCAAAGGUGUUUUAAUACCUGUCUCAGAAAGUUCUCUGGUCUUUCUAAACAAUAUUCUGGCUCCAGUUAAAAGUGCGUACUUGUAUGAGGAGUCAAAGCAGUCUUUCAGGUAUACGUCCGCUGCCUUGGUAAAGAAUCCAGUACUGGAAGAAAAGUAUAAUGCUUUCCGAGCAAACAGAAGAGACGUAGGAUAUUCAGAGGAGGAUCUGGAGGAAUCCUAUGGGUUUUUGCUGUUUGAUGAUGUCAACAAGGCUAAUGCACUUGGUGAAACUGGUGUGCUCAUCGGGAACAGCACAUGCACAACUCUGGGAGAUCCCUCAAACGGUGUUUACAUUUCAAUGUACUCUGACUGUUUGGAUCUGAAUCGCUGGUAUCAUGGGAAAUCUGGAUACAUUGCCAUCAUCAGGCUGACAAAGGGUAGAGUGAAGAAGGUUUUAGAGAACUACACGCAGAAUCUCACCGCGCCCACUGUGGGGUUUGACUGUCAUGUGUCCGAACAGUUGCCUUCGGUAUCUUCCAAAACCAGCUCUUUUCUUGCCUUCGAGAGAACCCAGUAUUACAUGUAUGAGCUGCUAAAUGAUGACAGCAAUGUGACAACUCAAUCUCCCAGCGCUGCCUGUCCUUUUGCCAUUGUAUCAUUUUCAUAUACGGAUACCAAAGCAACACUAGUAGCACCCCAGGAGAAAAGUGAGGAGAAAAAACUUGUUUGUUAUUACUUUCCGUGGAGGGGUCAGCUUCAAAUAGACACACUGUUCUAUGACGUUGGGCUGAGGUCUACGGCAGGAGCCUUAAUCCCUGUAGAACUGCCAUCAGUGGUGAAAAUUAGCCGAGCCAUUUCCAUGUUAGAUCUGAGACAGCUGUUGCCAAAGGCCGUCUUUGAAACCUGCUUCUCUGGUGAAGUCUUUCUAGAUGGCUUAUACUACACUCUGUGUGAGCUGGUUUCUACGGGGACGGUAGAAACCCAGUCACUCUCUCUGCUUCUGCGGGAGAUCAAGGAGAAAGAUCUUGCUCUCACUAUUCAGCUGCACAGUGGUGGAUUUCUUAUCCUGCUGCACUCCUCCCAUUUUCUCACAUAUGAUGAUACUGGGUCCAAUGCAACUGAGGUUCUGCAAGGCAUGUUUGUGUUUCCAGCCUCACAUGUAAUACAGAGAGACACAAAAUGUGGACAUCAAAAGACUGCCAUGUCAUCUGAACUCCUGCGGGUUUUACCGGUGCUAAGUUAUGCAGAGGGUGAAGUUGAGAAAACACCCAUUGACCCAGGUGAAGAGCUGUGUGAAGUAUUGUCACAGCAUAUGCAGAGUUACGCAGCACUGAUAAAUCCUGGGUUGGCAUUAAGUCCCUCUAGGGAAGUCAGCAUCUUUCCAGAUCAGUAUGACGUGCCGGAUGCCCACAAGCACUUCUACACAUCCCCGGAGUGGACUAACAGGGCAUGGCAGAGCUUCAGGACAUACCUGAACAAACCAGUCUCUUUUCAAAUGCUAGUGUCCAAGGCUUCAGAAAUCCUGGCAGCUGGACAAGAGCGAAUAGAAGACCUUGAUGAUGAUGUCUACAUCUGUCUGUCAUCUCCUGAGGAGGCACCAGCUAAUCCUGUUAGCAUGGAGUCAGAAGACCAGUUGACAGGCCAGAGAUCUCCUGUAAACGUUGAAACACCUGUGGACAGUUGUAUAACAAAUGCUGAAGCACAAGUGGACUUAACAACUGUGCCUCAAAAUGUUGUAGCAGAGGAUUUGCAAGCUGGAGAUGCUACCAAAGACACUGGCAAAUUUGAUUUGACUGUGCUGAUCAAAACUGAUGACAUGGGGGCAAAAGAUCUCCCGUCUCCCUCUACAUCGGAUGACCUUCCUGCAGAGCUGAUUGUCAGCAUCACUUCGGCAGAGCGAACUGUCACUAAUGAGAGUUUAAGUAUAAUCAGUACUGUGUCUGCCACAGAGCAUAAAGACUUUCAGCUUUCCUGUUAUUCAACAGCCAAACUACAAACGGCAGGAGUGAACUCUCUGAAUGAUGAGACUGUUACAACCAAAAAGGUUUUGGAUUGUCCCGAGGUCACCAAUCUCACAAAAUCUAAACGGAGGAGACUACGCAGGGGACAUUUCAAAGGUCGGAAAAAGGUAUCUAAAACUUGUGUUGAGACUCCCAGUUUACAAAUACCAGUGGAGGAUGACAACUUCAAGAGUCAGAAAGAAGGUCAGGCCAAGGAAUCAUCAGGCCACCCACAGUUAAGUAAUCCUUCAGAUAUUGAUCGGAGGGAAGUUCAGCAAAAGUGCAAAUUGAGAAAACGGUCAUCAAAAAAUGAAACGGUUGGAUCGGCUUCUGUUGGAUUAGCAGUACCAGAGGAGAAAGAAACCGACCCUGGACAGCAGAGCUUGGAAAGCACCAUUUUAAUGGAACUUGAAGCUUGUCCUCUGAGAAGAAAAACAGAGCGCUGGGACUUAAAGCCGGUCAUCAGCGAAUGUGGCAGAAUAUUGGUUCCUCAUGGCUCUGUAGAUAUUGCUGAUCAGAUUAAGUCUUUAAAGGAUAAACUUCAAUCUACAAAAGAUGAACAGUGCCCUGGAGAAAUGUUGGUUGAUGACUCUGCGAAUGCUAAUGACACAGUCGAAAUGGAGCAAGAGUCUAGCACUGCUUCAGAGACGGCAGUGGACAAAACAGAGGCCACAACAUCCAAGGAUGGAGGGAACUAUCUUCAAAGUGUUGUGGACAAUGAUGUUAAUCCUGAACACAAUAUUUUGAGAGUGUCAGAUGAUGGCAAUGGUUCAUUGACUUUGAAUCAAGAGAGUAGUGAGCAUUCUUCGAAGACCGCAGCAACGCCUCCCUCAGAAGCAGUUAAAGAAAAAUUCACUAAUACCCUCUCUCCAGAAAAGAUUGCCACAAAGGGUGCAUUAUUGUUGAGUAAAUUAAAAUCAGUUCUUUUAAGAGGAAAGAGAAAAACGGAUCUCCUUGUGUCAGAGAAAAUAACUGCAGAUGUUGCUCAAGACACUGAGCCCUGUCUCAAGAAGGGCAAAGUUGAGACACACACCAUGAUGCUGAAGAGUAAUUAUACAAUCACAAGUGUCCAGGACACUAAUGUGCAUGUCAAGGAAGUGUCAAACAUGCUGUCAGUUGACCCUCUCUUUGCAUUUGCCCUCGGCCUUACCCCGAAGGAGACACCAGAUAAGAUACAGAAAACUAAGGAUACUCAACAAGGGACAGACUCAUCAGAGACGCAAGAACAAACCAUUUUAGACAAACAACCUCAAAUCGUACCAAGGCCUCCAUCAAUCUUUCCGAGAAGAGGAAGGAUUAAAAUGCUCAAAAAGCAUCAAGGCAUCUCUACAGAGUAUGUCAAAAAGAAAUGGUGGUUGCAUUUUCAAACCCCAGCUUGUUAUGCCAGUGACAAACUCAAAAACAAAGAGAGUACUAGGGAUAAUUCUGUAACGAAGACUGUUAAGGAAAAAAUGAACAGUGCUUGCUCAUCAACAGAUGCUUUGAACUUACUUGCUGACUUGGCACUCAGUGUCAGUAAUGACCAGGUCCCACCACAACCAGACCCAGCACUUGAGCGAAAACCUGAGAAAAAUUUGAAGAAGUGUGACCUUACAAAAGAUGUUACCAGUACUGAACAAGAGUCAGUUCUUCAUGCUCUGCUUAGACAGCCUGCUGUUAGACCAAUGCAACCUCUUGAGUCUCUUUCAACAAGCCAUCUUGGCGGAAUCAAUGAAUUGGUUGGUUUGCUAUCUAAAGAACAUGCUUACUCAUUGCCACCGUCUUCCUCUCUACUAUUGGGUUUGCCAGGUACGCCUUUCCAGGUUUCCCCUUUAAGUGGUUCGACCAGACUGCUGCACCAUCACCAGACAAAGUAUGGCGAUGGAAUUAAAACACUACACCCCUCUGUCAGCCAGAAAGUCAGAAGUGAACAAAACCACAUGACUCCAGAAAACUUGAAGAAACACAUAAUGCGCAGAAGAAAGUUCAGACACUCCCGUACCUUUGUUAACAAUGAUGAAUCUAUCCAAGUCACAAAGCAAUGGAAAGAAAACUAUGACUUUGAUCUAGACAGCAAGUUUACAAAUGACUCGAAGGAUAGAACUAUCGUCCGAGCCUUGCAUGGCUCAUGGGAUUUCUCCAUGCAAGACACCAGUGAAGAGGUGCGGCUGAUCGUCCACAUGUGGAUAGGUUUGUUCUACAGUCGGUCUACAGCCAGGUUCUUUAAUGUUGACUCGUACCCAUGUUCCGAAGAAAGUGAUUCUUUGGAAAUGUCCAGUGGAAUACUAUCAACCACAGCACAGUCUGAGCUCAAGGCCAAUUCAUUUGCUCUACUCCCAAGUGUGACAGCCACUGCAAACCCUUCCAUUUCAAAAGCUUUGGACCUCACCAAAAAAGAUGACUCUGUGUUGGAUCAAGGAUCUGUGAUUUUGGACUUGUCACUGAAAAACUCCAAUGCGAAGAUUGUCACCGCAGAGCCACAAGUCAACAGAAAAAAGACUUUUGUGUGUGGUAAUCUGAAAGAAACCAGUGAUACAUUGAACACACUCAAGUCAUCCGUGGGACUACAGGAGGCUAUCACAAUUCAGUGUUACAAAAAAAUGGUACAGUCCACAGAGAUUAUCAAUGAGUUGAAUGAUCUCAAAAGAACAUAUGAAAAUGAGAGGACUUGUACCCCUUCACAAAAAGCUGGGAGCCUGGAGCACACUGCUGUACAAGCUUGUAAAGAUGAUGGAACAUUCCUUCUUAUACAAGAAGAGAUGAAAAAGGUAUCCCUUCAGCCAGAAAUCUAUCAGAUUUCUUCAGGAAUUGGCCAUAUUUUACAUGGAUGCAACCAUGAGAAGAUCGAUAUGAAAGAUGGCAUUGAAAAUUUGGAAGCUACAGAGAUGAGUUUAUUGCAAAAACAUGGAAGGGAUUCAUCCAAAUCUGUGACCGACAUAGAGGUAGACUCCAACAAAGACACCGGUGAUAUGGUUCAUACAGUUAAGCAUGAUGAAAUUGAAUUGAAAGAAAAGCCAUGCCAAGAAGGCAAUGUAGAACCUUCUCCAAAAGUGAUUCAUACAGAUGAUGACUCAAAAGAAGAAUUGGGUAUAGUCUGCAAUGGAAGUCUUUUGGAAGAUGAGAAGCAGUCAUCUGGAGUGGAACCUAUAACAGUCUCACUAGGCAAGGCUGAAAAUGUUAAAGAUGUGGAUUGUUGUACAGUACACAACGGUAAAGUGAUUGAAGAUCCCUGUGGAAAGGAAAAUGGACUUGAUGAGAAAGACCGUUGUGUUUCACCUGUGGACUUAGUAAAUAAGGACUGCAUCACAGAGUGUAAUCACAAACCACCAUUGGAUGAGCAACCACCUGAAGCAAACAACGAAGAAGUUGCCUGUCAUGAUUUGCAUUUCAGAAAACCUUUUGCAAAUGGUAGUCCAUUGAUAGGAGGAAAAUGCCAUUUCAGAAAAAUCUCCUCAAGCGCCAUCAGAAAUGGAGCCUUUGUCUGAUGAACCUUCAAUUGAGGAAAAUUCAGAAAAUGCUAAUUGUUUGGCAGAUAGGACACAUCUUCAGAAGGCAGCAUUACCCAUGUCUGAUGAGAACAACUGUUCAUUAGAUGAGUCCUACGCAGAUGGGCAUAUUCCCCAGACAAAUGACACAGGACAAACAGAAAGCCACAACAAAGUAAUGGCAAACUUCAAUCUGAGUAGUGAGGGUCACAAAGAUCAGGAUACAAAAUCAAUUGAGGGAGAGCAAGAGGUUGGUAAGACAACUGAAAAAGAACGGAUUCAUCAUCAGUCUCAUUCACCUCAGUGUGAAGCUGAAGUGGCACUGACAAAAGAAACAAAUGAGGGAUUGGAAAAGAUCCACAAUUUGGUUUUAAUUCCAUUUAUUGGAAUAGACACGUCCAGAGAGGAUACAGUACAACCACACAACUUACGCUCCCAAAGCAAUAUUGAAAAAGUUGGCCAGGAAGAAGUACCUUGUAUUAGGGAAACUACCUACUCUGAAAUGGUCUUUCCCACGGGGGUAUGCAGUACAUCUAAAAUGAACAGUAAAAAGGAAGAACUGCCUGCUGGCAAAAGAAGAACUGCCUGCUGGCAAAAAGGAAGAACUGUCUGCUGGCAAAAUAUCUCUUUCACUUCUUGAUGUAAAUGAAACCAACCAGCCAUUGGUCUCGGGAAGUGAGUCUGACGACCGGUGCUCUACCCCAACUAUGGAUGAGAAGCCAUAUGAGUUCUUAACUUGCUCUGGCCCAGGUAGUACUAGUGCUUCUGCUUUUAGUGGCAGUGAAAACUCCGAAAAUAUGAAUCAGAAAUGUCUUAACAGAGACUUAACAUUCCUGCAGGAUGAGAUACCUCACAAGUCUACAGUUAACAGUGAUGCCAACCCUCAUCGUGAUCUUGACCCUGACGUUGAACAACGAACUCUAAGAGUUCUACAAAGUAUUGACAAGUUCCUCUCCAAAUCAAGCCAACCUGACACAUCCAGCCAGAUUGAAGUGGCUGACAUGAAACAAUCCCUUGAUCAAAUCAACCAUAACCCCAGAAGCAAGUCCAUCCCCACUUGCUUAGUCCCAUGCCACACCUCAUCUGACUUUAAGGACACCAAAAUGAGCAAUACAACGCCAGCUGUGGUGUCAGCCUCUACCUCACAAGAACUGCACACAGAAUCAACAGGUCACUUUCUCAUAUCACCUUUCAAAUGUAAAUUAGAGGAAGUACUUGGUGUAAAGUUGCAGCUUCAGGAAACGGUCUCAUCAGUUCAUCAACCCUAUUUUGAAAAAACAGAUACAUUAAAGGAAACCUCCGUAGAGCAAGAUUGUUGUCAUCCCUACAGAUCUGUUCCCUCUACUAAGAGUUUGCAAGCCAUUAUACCAAAUAUUGACCAAGAUGGACAUAAAACAACAUCAGAGACCAAUUUAAGUCAAGAACCACGUUCAUACAGUCAGCGUCCUGUCAUGGCAGUGAAACCAUCUAAGAGUGAUGAAAGUCUUGCAGAUUACAUCUCUAAAGACAAACAAAUUGAAAACGCUGUAAUGUCACAUUUUUCAAAAAAUGAACACCCUGUAGUCACAAUUACCACACCCAUUACCAUGCCCUCGGAGAAAAAGACAGAAAGUGUCAUGGUUACUUCUGGAGGACUAAAUGAUGAUAAGCAAGAAACCAGUGAGCUUCCUUCGAAGAGCAGUUGGUUAUCAAAUGUUAGUGACAGUACGCCUACAUCAGAUCAAGCUAAAUGUGUACUUCUAGAUCCCUUAUAUCAGCACCAAGGAAGGGACCUUUCCAAAUGUGUCAAGAUUCCUUUACCGUCUCUCCCUUUGCAGUCUUUUGAAUCUGUAAAAAGUUCCUUUGAACUUGUUGAUGGAAACCAAGGUUUCAUGACUCAUAGUAUAGUUGAGAAAGUUGGGCAAACAACUAAACAGAGCAUUGAGAUGGAUCAGAAAAACUUCUCUGACACAUCAACUUCACAUGCAGAUCAUAAAGAUGGUGGCAUAAUAGAGGACAGUCUUUCACUUGGACCUCAAAGCUCAAUCAUGUGUACAGUCUAUAAUACCAGCAGGAAGCGAUCUCAUUCUUUUUUGGAGCAGGUUUCUCAGAGGUGCAUACAAGAUGACCCAACUGAUGCGUCAAUGGAGCAGGAGUGCCUGAUCUUCUCAGAGAGAAUGAAACAACUUUUGAAAAGGAGUAAGAAGGGAGUCAUCUGCCAACAGGACACACAUGACAAACUGAAUUUGUCUUGCGCCAGUCCGGUGACUGUGCACUUUUGCAGUCUAGAGGAGCAGGAGGAUUUUGUGAAUCCCUUGAUGGCACAUUUUGAUGGACAGUCACUUGAUGGACACAUCAUUAAGGUAGACAUGUCUGACAGGAAAGACCUGGCAGACACCACAGAGGAAGAAAAUAGUAAAUUAUCUCAAGGACCAGAGAACCCAAUGGAACAUGCUGGAGUUUCUGGUUUGACUUCAGAGUGUGCCAGACUGUACAAAGAAAUGAUGAAUGAUGUUUGUACUGUCAAAAAUGUCACAUCUAGACCUAAGCACUUCAGAAUGGAUAGAGGUUACCCAAAGACUGAACCAAGUAACCAUUUUGACUUCUGUGAUCAAAUGAAGAGAGAGAUGGAUGAGAGUUUUCGCAGUAAUCUGAAUUCAGUCGUGAAGAAAUUCUGUAAAACAAAGUACAGAUUCUACGUAUUGGUGACGUCGGAGGAUACCUUCUUUGAGGAAACCAAGGCAAAGUUAGAGGCAGAGGGCCACACUGCUGUACAGCCAACAGAGUUCUUCCUUGGUGAGGGUAGUCCUUCAUCUCUACUCAUCAUCCUCAGGAAUGAAGACAUUGCAGCGCACAUUUGUGAGGUCCCGCAGUUGCUCGAGCUGAAGAAGUCACCAGGUGUGCAGUUUGCUGGAAUUGACGAACCAGAUGAUGUUGUGAAUCUUACCCAUCAGGAGCUCUUCACGAGGGGUGGCUUUAUAAUGUUCGACAGAGCAGAACUGGAGCAUCUCAGCCUUUGCAACAUCAAAAAAAUGUCAGACAUUUUGCAAGAGCGAAGCAGAACGGGGAAGUGGAAAUGGAUGUUGCACUACAGAGACAGCCGUCGACUGAAAGAAAAUGCAAGGUUGAGUGCAGAGGGAAAAGAGAAGAAGCACUUACUUAACUGUUGCCAAGAAGCUGGGAUAUUGGAGGUCUUGCCUUAUCAUGAGUGCGACCUCAUGUCGAGAGAUCAGCCCGACUAUCUUGCAUGUUUGGUCCGUUUGCAGGUCCAGAAUAUAACCGCGCGUUUCCCUGUUUUUAUAACCGAUACAACAGACAAUGAAUUUGCAAAGAAUGGAAUUUUAACAAUGACUUUCAACUCUUUCCUGACGUAUUCUCCAAGUGAAACAUUUACAGCCUGACCUGGACAAAGUCAGAUGGGCACUCUUUAAGUUGUGCUAAUUCAACAACCACACGACAAAUAACUCACGGGAUGGGUGAAAACAAUCAGUAAUUUAACAUUUUAUGGUGAUUUCACACAUACUACAUUUUAAUUAUUUAUUUUUUUGAGUACAUCACUUUAACUCUUUUGUAUGGAGCAAUAAUUAUUGAUUUAUUAUUUGUCAUGUUUUUUUGUUUCAUUUGUCAUCUAAGUUAUCAUUCAGUUAAUGAAUAUAGUGACAAAAAUGCCGAAAUAAAGGCAGGUUACUGUAUAUACUGUAUGCAUUUUGUAUUAUAUUUUUAUUGUAAAUUGUUUGGUUUUUUUACACUAUAUUUUUUUUGUCUUCACCAUCUCAACUUUAUACAUUUGCUGCAGAAUCAUUAUUACCUCUGUCGAGAAGGUUAUAUUUUAGGUUGUUAGUUUGGUUGGGUUAGGGUGUAGCAGGGUUAAGGUGUAUUAUAGGUACAUUCUUCACUUACAAAAACAGCCUUGGCCUUAGUUUUUGAGUAAAAUUUAACAACACAGCUAAAUUAGGCUGUUUUCAAAUGGUGUAUAUUUUAUAUAUGUAAAUAUACUAUGGUACACUGUUGAGGUUUCUGACUGAUUCCUAAAUAGUGAGUGUUGAAUAGUUGGAGCACAACCAUUUCACAUUAUUACUAAGCACAUAAUGUGUGUAUAUACAUGACUGUACAGAGCAACUUGACUGAUAAUAAAGAUGUUUCUUUAAUUGUUUUGCAUUAAUAAAAAAAAAUCAGCCAUACAGGCUGAAUAAUCUA